AUGUCACCUGUCUACCAUCCUUGCAUUCAUGUUUCCUUCCUUCCAUCCUUUCAACCAUUCCAUCCAACUGUAUGUCUGGUUCUCCUAGCCAUUUACCUAUCCAAUCUGCUUUCCACCCAUCAAACUCUCACACCCUCCCUCCCCUUUGAUCCGUGUUUAAUACAUAAGGGACGAGUGGAGACGAUUCUCUGCCUGCCGAUUCCAGUGGAGGCGGCGGCAAACAAGGACGAGCUCCUCAGGUCUCACACAACCCAGCUUGUCCACAAAGCACCACAUCUCCCCAUCACUCGCGUCCAGCGUGCUCCAGUGAUUGCACGUUGUCAGUCACGCGAAUUUCAAAUCGUUCUCGAGCCGACGAUCGAUGUGCCAGGCACAUCGCAGUUGUGA